CUCGAAACCCCCACAAGUGCAAGUCAAACUCCAACUAGGAUGCUUUCUUCCGUAGGAUCUGUUUUUCGGCUCAGAUCCGAUCUCCGAUGCAGUGAAAGUCGAAGUCGACACUAUAUAUUUUUCUAAAUGGGCUGUGGAGCCUCCUCCUCCGCCCGAGCAGCGCACUGCCGCCCCGCAGCACCGUGUGACGCCCUGCAGCGGUGCCGGCAGAGGGCACGCGUGGCGCCAGCACAGGAUCUUCAGAAAAUGGUGGACGUCCACCAGUUGGAAUUGAUUCGCUCGAGCAUCAGCAAGCCCAGCACACGAAGCUCCGAACGCAGUUCGAGCAAGUGCAGGGCUUCCGACGAGCCGGAGCUCCCCAAGCCUAGUUCUAAGCAGCCCAGCAGCCGCGGCUUCUCCUCCUUGAUGCCACAGAUAGCUGUUCAUGGCGGAGAGACUGGCGAUCCACUGGACUCGAUGGACGAGGCCGAGUUGGAACACAAGAGCUCCUUUGCUGCGGAUCGAGUCUGAGCGGUUUUCGGCGCGAUGUCGAUGCUCGGAGAGCUGAUGAGAGCUGCGCAUUUGGAGCUCGCUCGAGGUAAAGCCGCCCCUCUCCUGCGUGCCUGAUCGCCGGAUCGCCAGAUCGACCAGCCACCGGAACGAUCGCCUCUGCAUGCCCUAUGCGACACCGGACACUCUGCUCCUACCAGACCUACACUUGGCCUUCACCACCGAACGGCGUGGAGAACGUGUCCUUCCCGCCAAACCGCCAGACCCACGAGCUCUACCUGGAGAACUUGGAUGAGUAUUUGCAGAAGGUGCGGCGCGAACCGGAGAUGAUCAAGCAGAUGGCGAGUGCCAAGUGGACGGCCGUCAAGAUGCGACGACGCCGCCUGGAGGAGCUGAAUCGUCCCACGGUACUGAGCUGAAGAGGCUCCACCAGCCUCCACUCGACGUGGCCCGACCAUCGAAGGCCUUUCGAGCGAGCAAUAAUCAGUCGGCGGCCGUCGGCAGGACCACGGCUUGCGCUGGAUUGCGGUUUUCCGAAGACAUGCCGUGCCUUUGAUAACCGAGACAAG